AUUGAAUUCUAAUAUGAACAAACAACACUCAGUAGACGGUAUUCAGACUGUAGACGCUUAAGUACUACUAGACCUGGCCCACCACAGCUCAUAUACGGCCAAGUACCGUAGCGAACAUGGAUGCACAAGGACAUCUUCUAUCACUGAAAGUGAUGCGGGUAUCUAGACCAUCGCUAGCUAGCGCAUGGCAGCCCUUUUAUUCCAGCUCUCCUUCAUUCUCAGCACACUCUACUGCCUCCAUUCUCUCUCUGCAAGGAAAGACACCCCUCCCAGGCCACCCCAAGACCCUGCGGGAUCUCACUCAAGCAUCCGAGUUCCUUACGCUUCCACCCUCAUUCGGAGCCAUUCAGUUAGGCGAAACAUUUUCCAGUUGCAUAUGCAUCAACAAUGAGACUAAUAUCGACAUCGAGGGCGUUAGUGUCCGCAUUGAGAUUCAGACAGCAAAUUCCAAGAUACUGUUGGCUGAACUUGGUGGCCCAAGUUUCAAGCUCGCAAUAGGAGAUUCGCUGGAAUAUGUGGCCCAUCACGAGGUGAAGGAGUUAGGCCACCAUGUUCUAGCUUGUAUCGUCUCGUACCACCUGCCUCCGUCAUACCGACAUUCCUCUGGUGCUAGUGAUCCCUCAAAUGAAGCAACCUUCCGCAAGUUUUACAAGUUUGCUGUCACCAACCCUCUUUCUGUAAAGACAAAGGUACACACGCCUCGGUCUCCAUCGGCGUUGAUGACUUCGUCAGAGCGCGAGAAAGUGUUUCUUGAGGUCCACAUUCAGAACUUAACACAAGAUGCAAUGUGGUUCGAACGCAUGGAGUUUGAAUGUGUGGAGGGAUGGAGCGUUGUCGAUGCAAACACAACAGACGAUGAUAAGGAUCGGAGAUUAUUCUCUGGUCCGAUGGCUCUCAUGCAACCACAAACCGUACGACAGUAUAUCUAUAUACUGACACCAACAUCGACUUUCUCGUUUCCUGUCGUUCAUACAGCAGGCAGCGUCAUUCCUCUUGGCAGACUUGAUAUCUCAUGGCGUUCUCAGUUCGGCGAACCUGGCCGUUUAUUAACUUCGAUGUUAUCUCGUCGAUUUCCUAGCCCCCCUCCAGCACCAAAUUCAACUCCAGCACCAGCUCCCCCACUCCAGCACCCUGUUUCAGCGCUUCCACCUUAUCUUCAGCGCACCGUGCCAAGUGCGCCAUCCUCGCCCGCCCGACCACGAUCUCCACAACUUCCCCCUUCUCGACCUAGUUCCCCAACCCCGGUUCCAUACAGACCAGGCUCACCCUUCCGCACGCGCCAAAUGUCCGGCCCUUCGCACCCACAAUCAUCAGCAGCUGGAUCUAUAUCUAUUAUGCCUAUCGCGCCAAAUCAACAACAACCAGCACCAAUGGUGCCUGCUCAUGUAUUGGGCGUUGAGGUAGAUGUUAUCAUAAAUCAUAUUGCCAGGGAAUCCAUCGCUGUUGAGCGGCCUUUCAAGAUCGCUUUGACUGCCACCGUUUCUGCUACUCUACCAAAGGCCAAAGGGAAACAAAGGGUCAUCACUCUUGCUGUACAACAUCUUCAAUAUCCGCGUGCUACCGUGGCUGAAUACCCUGAACCCUUCCAGGCCACCGAGACCAUCAGCUCACGGUUCUCUUCCCUCGGCCUCACUUCUGUGACGUCAACGCCUGUCACGCCUGUCCACAAUGCCUCCAACACGGCAAGCGAGAGCCCCUUAGUUAUCUCACCAGAAAAGAUGCUUGCACGCGGAGGACCCACAUUACCACCCCCUUACUUCGAGUUCGCUGACGAGGAAAAACGCGCAAAGCUGAAAGGCUGCGUAUUUGUUGGGUCGUCCACACAGUUCCUGAACCCGAUUACGCUGACUUAUCCCAGUCACGCCAGUCAUCAUGAGAACUCAUCGGAUGAUGAUGCGGAGAAGGCGGAGGGUAGUCAAGAGUUUGAACUUACCUUCCUACCUGUGCAGACAGGAUUUGUGCGAGCAGGCGGCCUGCGCAUCCUACUGGUUAGGGAUGAGGUUGUAGAUGUUGAUACAGAUCAGGCGGCUACUCAUCGCUUAGGGUCCGGCGCGAUGGAAGCAAGGACAAUGAAAGAGUUAGAUGUAGUCGCCGAACUUUGGGUUCAUUCAUGAUCAUGAUUUAUUCAAUUUAUUGAUGCGGAGUCAGUAGGAUCCAUGGAAUGAAUAUGCUACGAUCGGAGGGUAGAAAACCUGACAGCCAAACUAUAGAUUCUAUUCUACGUGAGUUCGAGGCACGAAAACGAACAAAGAAUGAGGUCUCUGGCCGUACAGCCUUUCGUGUGUCCCACCUUUCUUGCUUCGUACCACUAC